GUGACAGAAGUGGUGACGCGUGUCAGCUGACUGCGGCGCGCCGAUGACGUACAGGCAGUAGAGGCAGAGGACGUGGCUUAAAGAUUCGUUGACAUUGGGUCGUUGUCAUUGUUUCGUCUGAUCUUUUUCUCACAAUGGCGAGUCAGUCGCAAGGCAUCCAGCAGCUGCUGCAGGCCGAGAAGAGAGCCGCCGAGAAGGUGGCCGAAGCCCGCAAACGUAAAAACCGACGUCUGAAGCAAGCCAAGGAAGAAGCUCAAGCUGAGAUUGAGCAAUACCGCCUGCAGAGAGACAAAGAGUUUAAGACCAAAGAGGCGGCGGCGCUGGGUUCGCACGGCAACAGUGCAGUGGAGGUGGACCGCGACACGGCCGAGCGCAUGGGCCGCAUCCAAGCCAGUUACCGUGGUAACCGUGACGUGGUGCUGGGUGACCUCCUGCGCCGCGUGUGCGACAUCCAGCCUGAGUUUCACGCCAAUUAUCGCGUGGCCGGCUAACACGGGAUUGGUGGCAGACUAUGUAGUGUUAGCGUUGCUAGCGCAAUUCUAUUUCCUGUGUGUUUGUUGCUGUUUACAAAUGUUGACAAUUUGUUCAGUUUAGUCCUCAUAAAUAUUUCCUGAACAUGUCCAAUUAAGUUAUUUGUUUCUUUUUGUCUCUGCUUUCUCCUUGUUGGCUGCUGAUAUGGGCUUUUAUUGUGAAAGUAAUGUCCUCCUCCACAGCUCAAAGUGACUUCCUGCAUGUGUUUGUGGUGCUGAUUUCGGGAAGUGUCAAUAAAUAUGAACAGUGUCACGUUGUGGUGGUGAUACAAAAUGUAACAGAGAAAAAUCA